AUGGCUGAGACAAAUAUACGUGCAGAAGAGGUACGUGACCUCACGCGGGUGGAGCGCAUUGGUGCCCAUUCUCAUAUCCGCGGUCUCGGACUUGACGAUGCCCUUGAGGCACGUAUGAGCAGUCAGGGAAUGGUCGGACAGGUCGAGGCGCGCCGCGCUGCAGGCGUCGUAGUUCAGAUGAUCCGUGAAGGAAAAAUUGCUGGUCGCUGUGUCCUCCUUGCUGGCGGCCCUGGUACGGGUAAAACGGCUAUUGCGAUGGGAAUGGCGCAAGCACUGGGUGCUGAGACGCCUUUUACGAUGAUUGCUGGAAGUGAAAUAUUCUCACUGGAGAUGUCGAAGACGGAGGCGUUGACGCAGGCAUUUCGCCGUAGCAUUGGUGUGCGUAUUAAGGAAGAGACGGAGAUGAUAGAGGGCGAGGUCGUGGAGAUUUCUAUUGAUCGACCGUCUGUCAACCCAGCGGAGGCAAAGGGCCGCACAGGGCAACUUGUGUUAAAGACAUCCGACAUGGAGUCUACCUUUGAUCUUGGAUUGAAAAUGAUUGAGAGCCUCCAAAGGGAAAAGGUACAGGUGGGUGAUGUCAUCACUAUUGAUAAGGCAACAGGUCGUGUUAAUAAGCUUGGUCGUAGUUUUAUUCGCAGCAAGGACUACGAUGCUAUGUCUGCGAACACUCGUUUUGUGCAAACCCCUGAGGGUGAGUUAUCAAAACGAAAAGAAGUUGUCCACACUGUUACACUGCACGAGAUUGACGUGAUUAACUCCAGGCAACAGGGAUUUCUUGCUCUCUUUGCUGGUGACACGGGCGAGAUAAAGCACGAGGUACGUGAGCAGAUUGACCAGCGAGUAGCGGAGUGGCGUGAGGAAGGGAAGGGCGAGAUUAUUCCCGGUGUUCUUUUUAUUGAUGAAGUUCACAUGUUGGAUAUCGAAUGCUUUUCAUGGCUCAACAGGGCUCUUGAGAGCCCACUUGCGCCUGUGGUCGUCAUGGCCUCCAACCGUGGUAUCGCCCGUAUUCGUGGGACACAAUACAAAGCCCCUCAUGGCAUUCCCAUCGACCUCCUGGAUCGGAUGGUCAUUAUAACGACUAAGCCUUACAGUGAGGCCGAACUAAGCAAGAUCAUUCAUAUCCGAUGUGAAGAAGAGGACGUGGAGAUGGAUGAUGAGGCGGUUGCGCUCCUCACCAUGUUGGGCAAAAGCACGUCCCUGCGUUAUGUUCUUCAGCUCAUCACGACGGCAAGCCUCGUCGCACAGAAGCGCCGAUCUUCAACCGUGUCGAUUCAUGACAUCAAGAAGGUUUACUCCUUAUUUAUUGAUUUGCGCCGUAGCGUGGAACUUCUGCAGGAACAUGAAAAAGACUUUCUCUUCGGUGAGGCAGACCGAGGGGCGGAGAUGUCUUACGGUGCGCAGUGUCAGAAUGAGGAAGAGCAGUGA